AUGGCGGCUCCUCUGAAAAAAUAUAUCUGCACCUAUUGUGCUCGAGCCUUCACUCGCUCUGAGCACAAGCAGAGACACGAGCGUUCUCACACAAAUGAAAAGCCGUUUCAUUGCCUCUACUGUACCUCCGCCUUUGUGCGGAGAGACCUCUUACAGAGACAUUGCAGAACAGUGCACCACAUUCACAGAGUGUCACGGAAGGGACUUCGUGAGAAAGACUCCGCCACUUCAAAGCUGCUCCCCACUCCUGAUUAUCCGCCUGUAUUGGAAUCUCAAGCGAAACAGCGUUCGAGUUCUGAGUCCUUUGAAUCUAGCAAAGCCCAACUAUCGAAUAGAGAGGCUACUCACUUAGAAUGCUCGGUAGACUCUGCGUCGUCCUCUUCUCUGAGAAGCGGCAUGGAGUGGCCUGUGUCGCCUCCACUGUCCUCAGGUGAGACUCAAUUGAGAUCAUCGUCACUUGGUGAUGCCAAUUUGAUUGCCAGUGCAAGAGUUUUGUUGCAAUUGGCCCCGCAAAAGGCCGACGUUGCAGAGCUGCCUUCGCUUAACUACCUGCCCAGGACGCCUGCCACUAGUAUUGUGGCCACCAGUGAUCUUAGAAGCCCUAAAACUCUGCCUCGGGCCCAUGGAAGCAUAGCUAUGCUGCCCAGGUCUUCUUUACAAUAUCAGCUUACAUCUGCACCAGGGAUCGAGCUGCAAUACGAACGUCUUCUCUCUGCUGCAGAGUCAAUCGAACAGUUUUUCGACAAAAGACAUCAAGAUGUUUCUAUUUCAGAUAUGUUCUUGUUAGGGUUUUCAAUAUUAUCAGAAUCUCCGUUAUUGCUCAGAUCUAGAUAUGCUUCUUUUGAGCCGGUGUACUUGAAUGAAUACCUUCAAGGUACUCCAUUAUCUGACUUUGAUAUCGGUGUUGGCUUUACUGUCAGUGCAAUAGGAGCCACAAGCAUGGCUGGCUCCUCGGAAAAAAUUCGUGAGGAUUCGAAGAUGCUCAUAAACAAAGCCUGGACAUUUCUCAUCGAGCAUUUGAUUCCAAGACAUACCCUGUUGGAGAAUCAGCUCGAGGUUUUAAAGAACUUGUAUCUCUUAGCUCAAACGUAUCUCCAUUACUUCGGAAGUGACCUGAUGAUCGGCUACUUGGAGGAUACCACGCAAGCAGUUCUAGAAAAAUUGUCACAUUCUAAAGAUAGUAUUGCGACGGAAGUCAUGAAGCCAUACAUGGAGAUCGUCUGGAACAUCUACAUCAUCGUGUCGAAACACAGAGCUUCGUCCUCACCCCCAAAAUUUUACACCUGGGCCUUGAGCCAGACUUUAGAGGAUUAUCUAUCUUUGUCUCAAAUAAUGCUCUCUUUUUCAAAGGGUUCAAUCUCCAUGCAGCAAGAAUUUCUUGUUCAAAUUGUUGCUUGUACAUUCACUAAUGAAGUGAAUAAGCUUGCAUCGGAGAAUAGCUUAGCAAUAUUUUCCAGUAGGGAAGACUUGAACGAAGCAUUGAAAACGGCGCAAAGCUCUUUGAUUAUGGCUGGUUCAAACACAACCAAACCAGAUUUGUUUCAUCUCUUCAGCAAGAAGAUGCAACAGAAUUGCCCCGAACAAUUAAAGCAACAUUUAAAGGAUCGGACAUGCCAGAUAUCUUCCCCAUUCCAGUGGGAAAUUCUUGCUCAAACUGUUCGCGAGGGGUUUUUAGGAGAGAAAUUAUUUAACUUCGUGAGCACAUACUCCAACAGCCUGUUUGAAACAAUUGCAAAUCAAUUGAUUGAUUUCAUGGGUGCAUUUGCUAGAAAAGAGGAAUACGAGACAAAAUCUAUUGGCCGGAUUACGGCAUUGAGUACAGUGAGCUAUUCAUUGGCGCUCAAUGGCAAGCUUCUCAGGAUGAAGCAAUUUGCUGAUUUGUUCGAUGAAGUUAGGCUCAAGAAGUUGGACUCGGUCAACUUGAGCUCAUUUGUGCUCGAGUGGUUCAUAAGUUUAUGCUCUUCUCUCCUUUCAUUGUUUUCUUCACAGAUUAGAUUUCAACUCGAUCGUUUCAUUUCGGAGAGUCAAGCCCUCCAGGGUUUACUCCAUAUGACUGAGGCAUAUCUGAUUCACUCUGGCGUGACAUCGACUGAAACCAUUUAUCAACUCUACAGAAAUUUGGCAGCUACGGCUGAAUUAUGGCUUUCUACAAAUCAGGACCAUUUUAAGGACUUCAGGACCCACUUAACUAGGUUCUUCGACGAAGUUUUCUUAAUAGCAUACACGAGAGAUCACUUCCAAUUGGAAAAUGUUCAUUUAUCGAAUGGAUCUCUUCUCUUGAAAGAAAAAAAUGAAGGUGCCAAUAUCGGAAAAGAGCGCAGGUCCGUAUCUUUGUCAGCGCCGCAAAAGUCAUCAAACUUUGGUUCUGAUCAAGCAUCCAUCGGUGGUAAUUAUGUCUUGAUAAAGCCUAAAGAAGCGCUGCCUUCUAUUGUCUUGCCUUCUUUGGAAAAGGCGCCUGGCGCGACUUUGCCUCCCUUCUUGGGUGUGUCUGGCGUCCAUUUGCCGCAAGUCAGUGGUCUGCAGGGACAAUUUGGCCACAACAUACAGAGCGUUUCUUUCCUGGCUUUGAAAAAUCCACCCUUUGUCUUACCCCCAAUCCAGCAUUCGUUUAAGGGUAAUGAGCAAAAUGACAGGGCUCUACUUAAUUGA